AUGACUGCAACAGAACUUUCGAAAGGGACCAGCGUCAAAUGGAACAGCAGUGGGGGAGUCGCCCAUGGGCGGGUGGUAAAAGAGCUCACCAGUCCCACGAAGAUCAAAAACCAUAAAGUAAGUGCCUCCAAGGAAAACCCCCAGUUGCUUGUAGAAACAAAGAGUGGAGCAAAGGCUGCUCACAAACCUGAAGCCGUCAAAAAGGAACCAUCUGAAGAGGCCAGUUCACCCACCGAGGCCUCUACCAAAUCUACCCGAAAGCGAUCGUCACCUGAAGCGGAUGCGGGGGCGGACUCAUCGGGUGCUAAAAAAAAGAAAAAGACUUUGGACUACGUCCCCACCGAGAAAAUGGCCGAGAAUGCUAAACUUGGUCUGAAAUUGCGCAAGCGGUUCAAUCGUGGAGGCACGGAGGUUGGUGUCAACCGUGCAAAUCAGCUCGCUGAGCGCCGUCGGGUCAGUACUGAAGAUAUCAAGUCAAUGGCCAGCUACUUUGCAAGACACGAAGUUGACAAGAGCGCUACACGCUACAAGUGGGGCGAUAAUGAUCGACCCUCUGCAGGCUACAUCGCCUGGCUACUGUGGGGAGGGGACGAGGGCCAGGUUUGGGCCAAAGAACGGCGCGAGGCUCUUCGAGCAAAAAAAUAG